AUGUCUUUCUCCGGACGUCGCCUGAGCAUCCUCCGUCCCUCCGGCCGCCGUUUCUCGGUCGGCAAGGAGCUGUCAGAGAACGAACUUCGCUCCGAAACCCACCGUCAGUUCCGUAGCGCGCACGAAGGUCACCGUCCCCAUGCCGGUCUGGAUGCCUCGCGUGCCUCAACCGGUGUCGUCUGGUGCACGGAGAGAGCCACCGAGCAUGGCUACGCCGAGGACCCCCACGCGUGGGCCAACCUGGGCCAGGGUGCGCCUGAAGCCGACGACGAGAUCGAGGGCAGUUUCCCUCGUCCCACCUCCAUCCCCAUCACCUCCGCCGCCCGCGAGUACGGCCCGACCGCCGGUAUCAAGCCUCUGCGCGCCGCCGUCGCCCAUCUCUACAACGAACACUACCGUCAGGGCAAGGAGAGCCAGUACACCUGGGAGAAUGUCUGCAUUGUCCCCGGUGGUCGUGCCGGUCUGAUCCGUAUCGCCGCCAUCCUGGGUAACUCCUACCUGUCUUUCCCCAUCCCCGAUUACUCCGCCUACUCGGAGAUGCUGUCGCUGUUCAAGAACAUCGCUCCUAUCCCCAUCCCUCUCGCUCAAGAUGACCACUACCACAUCCACCCCGACAAGAUCGCCGAGGAAAUCGCCCGUGGAACUUCCGUGCUCCUCACCUCCAACCCCCGUAACCCCACCGGUCACUUCGUGUGCAGCGACGAGCUGGCCCGCAUUCAGGACAUCUGCAGAGACCGCGCCACGCUGAUCCUGGACGAGUUCUACGGUGGUUACAACUACACGACCGACUGCGAUGGAACGACCAUCAGCGGUGCCACCAACGUCGAGGACGUCAACAAGGAUGAUGUGCUUCUGAUCGACGGUCUCACCAAGCGGUUCCGUCUGCCCGGCUGGCGUAUCGCCUGGGUGGUCGGCCCCAAGGAGUUCGUCGACGCCCUCGGUUCCGCGGGUUCCUACCUGGACGGCGGUGCCAACGUGCCUUUCCAGGAGGCCGCCAUCCCCAUGCUCGAGCCGUCCCUGGUGCGCGCGGAGAUGCAGGCUCUGCAGGUGCACUUCCGCGAGAAGAGAGACUACGUUCUCCAGCGUCUGCACGAGAUCGGCUUCCGCGUGCAGGAUGUGCCCCAGGCGACCUUCUACAUCUGGCUCGACCUGACCUCCCUCGACCCUCCUCUUCCCAAGGAGGCCAACCUCUCCGACGGACUGAACUUCUUCAAUGCCCUCCUCACCGAGAAGGUCAUUGUCGUCCCCGGUAUCUUCUUCGACCUGAACCCCGCCCACAGACGUGACCUGUUCGACAGCCCUUGCCACCACUUCGUCCGUCUGAGCUACGGCCCCAAGAUGGACGUGCUGAAGAUGGGUCUGGACGGCAUUGAGCGCGUCAUCAAGCGCGCUCGCGCCCAGUUCGAGCCCAAGUGGGAGGAUGAGGUCGCUGUCCAGGAUGACUGAGGGGUUUAUGCAUACGUAGAUCAAUAGAAUAGCGUGACGUAGGGAGAGCCUAUUACAUUAAUCGUGAUGUCUGUUUCGAAUUCAACAUUAACAACCAAUUUAAACGACUGAAAUCGAAUCUCCAUCCCUUACAGAGCAC